CUGUCGUGUAGUUCACCGUUGUAGUAGUUUUUAAUACUCAUUGAUUCUUCCAAUAUAAACGGGUGCGAUGGCAUCCUCAUUCUCAGAUCGAUCUGACAUGUUCCCAAAGAUCCAAAGGCAAGGUUUAGUAGAAUCGAAACAACAGCCAAAUUUAACUUAUCUAGAGGACUCUGGGUUCGACAUUCGAGAACUAACUCGAGAAUCGGGCAAUGAACGACAACUAUACAGAAAUUCACCUCCGAUGAUUGUUGGAUAUCGUAAAUCUGGUAGUCAAAGCAGCUCCAGGAAUAAUUCACCAGUUCAAAGAAGGUUUGAGCAGCAAGGUGACCAAGGCGGUUCGGCAGUCAGAAGUCCGUCUAUCUCACUAGACCUUGGGUCAUCAUUAGACGAUGCACAGCUUCUUAGAGACAGAAUAUCUAGACUUACUCAAGACAAAGAGCAUAUCUCCUCACAGCUUUCUCAUUAUAGAAAUAGUGCAGAGACAGCACAAACUGAUUUGGCUGCAGAAAAAGUUGUCACAUCAAGACUGCAAAAUGAGCAAAGAGAACUCCAGCAAAGUAUAGGAGAAAAAGACCAAAGAAUAAUGGAACUUAGGUGUGACAUUGAAAGUGGAAGACAGAAUGAAGCAAGAUUACAAGCUUUGGUGAAUUCUCUCAGACAACGAGUACGUGAAGCAGAAGAUGAUGCCGAAGACAGAGAAAACAUAGCAUCAAGAAGUGAUGUUACUAUAGUGUCACUACGAAAAGAACUGCAGAGUUUGCAAGACAAGUUACAGCAGUCGGAUGUUUCUCUAAGACACCACAUUUCUGCUGAAGAAGAUGCAGCAAAGCGAGGGGCACACUGGGAGACUAAGUAUGGAGAGCUACGUCAUCAGAUUAUCAAAGCCCUUCAGCUCAACACCUCUGAUGCAGCUAAUGCUGCAACAGAGACCCUGAUUGCAAAGAUUGCCGAGGUGGCCAGAGAAAGAUCAAGUCUUGUUGACAAGGCAAACUCCCUGACAAGGAAUGUCCAUGAAAGUAACAUGGAGGCUAAAGCAAGCAGGGAAACUAUUAUGAGACUUGUGUCUGAAGUCGGACAAGAAAAGAAAGCCUCCAGCGAACACAAACAACAAAUGGACUCUUUGGUAAGAGAGCGUGAUAUGCUUCAACAGAAAGUCAGGGAAAUGGAGAUUGACAUUGACAGAAUGAARAGGCAAAUAACGUCAAGCCAAGAUGCAUGGGGAGACAUGAACAAGAACUUGGAGGAACGAGAAUCAAGAAUUAAGGSCAUGGAAGAAGCAUUAAAUACUAGCAAAUACACAGGACAAGCAACUCAAAAUAAGCUAUAUGAUUUCAAGCGUCAAUUAGCACAGAUUGUCACUCCAACUGAUGAAGAGGUCGACGACAGCGAGCCAUCGAUAUUGUCAAAGGUUGAAAGUGUUAUAAAGAGACACAGAGAACUCAAAUCGACGUCUGAGUCAAUGUGCACUCAAGUCAAGAAUCUAUCAGAUGAGCUUGACAGUCAACGAAGUCUUCACAGAACAACGCUGAAGCGUGCGACGCAAGCUGAAACUCAGCUUAAAGAAGCACAGGAGAGAGUUUCAGGACUUGAAGGAGAACUUUUAUCGUCGGAUGUUGAGAGAGAUAACUUAAAAGAAGACAAAAGAAAGUUUGUAGCCUUCUGUGAGAAAUUAGCGGUGACAAUGAAGCUUGACGAAAUUGCCAGCGAUGUAGGGUUUGAUGUGAAUGGAGAGGCUCUCGUCGCGAGGGCUGGACAGCUCGUCAAACUAGAGACGGACGCUUUAGAUGACCGUAAAACAACUAUCUACAACCUACAAAGACGAUUGAAGUGGGCGAAGCAGCAAAUAGAGAGCAAAGACCUCCAUCAAGGCUUACUAAAAAAGAAAGUAGACAGUCUUGAAGAACUGUUGCGGGAUAAGGGAAGAGUUGAGGUCGAGAGAGACGAGAACUCAAUUAAAUACAAGAAAAUAACAAAACAUAACGAGAAAUUACAAAGAGAACUCGUGGAUUACAAGCAAGAGGUUGUUCAUUUGAAAGCGAAACUUCUUGAACUCAGCGAGCUCAAGUCAAGAACACUCGAGCAAGAAAGGACCAUUGAGAACCUUGAGCAAGUGGUCAAUAAGCUCGCAAAGAGUAAACAAAAAACAAAAGAACAUUUAGUAGAUGUAAAAACAGAACUGGACGCAAGGGAGUCGGAAGCGCGGGAGUCUAAAGCACUUUCCAAGUCGAAUUUACAGCAGAUACAGAGCGAGCUAAAUACAACAAAACUUGCUUUGGAGGAAUCGAGGAUUCGUGAAAAACAGCUUCUCGAUUUCCGACAAGUGCUUGCGCGUUUGCUCGGCCUCGAUGUGAACGUCCUCUCGGUACCAGACUACGAGAUCAUCUCACGGCUAGAGCGGCUUGUUCAAGCCCACCACGCCCAUGCUAUAACUACACACAGUCUUGAGGGAAGCCUGCAAGACAUGGAACAAGGAUUCCGGACCGGUUACAACGAUGCUGUGGCUAUACUAAGAACUCCGUCGCCUUUAAAAGUAGAUAAACUAUGAUAUAUAUAAACAGCUGAUUGGCUAAUUAUACUUGAAAUUAAUAUAAAAUCAUAUUUGAUUGGCUAAUUUUAAAUGUCCAUAUUUAGAUAUCUAACGAAAUAUAUUAUAUUAGGGCUAGAGCAAUGUAAGUUAGGCAUGUUCCUUAUUUAGUCAUGUACAUGUUACCAUAUUAGGCACUAGGACAAUAUAAUUGUAAAUUGCGCAUGUUCCUUAUUUAGUCUUUGUAUCAGAAUCCAUGCAUCACCCUAUUAGGCAUUAUUUUGGACAAUAUAAUUGAAAAUUAUGCAUGUUCCUUAUUUGGGCAUUUGCAAGUAAAUGAUUGUACUACCAUAUUAGGCACUAGAGCAAUAGAAAUUAGGCAUGCGCGGUUACUUCUUUUGAGAUUGUGCACGAAAAUGUAUCGCUAUCUUAGGAAGAUAAUUAAAUUUGUAAAUAGAUUCACAUCAGAACGAAUAUGACUUUCAUUUGGA